UAAAGAGGCACCCUCGUGCUCCUGGGCUUGGGGAGGGGGGAGCAGGAGCAGGAAGAAUUGCUGAGCUAAUACAAGGGCGAGGCCCGCCGUCACCACUGGGAACAGGGAGGCUGUUGUGCUGCUGCUGCUGCUGCUGCUGCCAUCGCUGCAGCCAUGGAGGAGUUUCACCCCCGUAACGAUGAGAUGAUCUUUAACACUGAAGAAGCCCACAAUAUUAUUAAAGAAUGCAUAGAAGGCGUUCUGGGCAAGGCAGAUUAUAACCAUGACAGUGUCAAUAAAUGGACUGCAGCUAUAGUGGAACAGUCUUUAACCCAUCUGGUAAAACUGGGGAAAACAUACAAGUAUAUCGUGACCUGUGCUGUGAUGCAGAAGUGUGGAGCUGGUCUGCAUACUGCAAGCUCAUGUUUUUGGGAUACCACAACUGAUGGUACUUCCACAGUCAGAUGGGAAAACAGAACAAUGAACUGUGUGGUCAGUGUCUUUGCUGUGGCCAUAAUCUUGUAGCAAACUGAGUAAAAUAAGUUAUCCCAAAGCCUUUAAGAUCAGAAACAAUCAAAUACUCAGCACAUUGUAAGAAUUAUUAAAUAAGAUAUUAUUAAGUCUGAGAAAAAGAGGUAGGAAAUGUGCUUUUAAAAAUAUUUCUGCAAAAAUGUUUAUAUUAUAAUAAAGUCUAUUCUUUUAGUUCUGUCAGCUGGCAGAUUGCCAAGUAUAUGCUUAUUGAAAAAGGCAAAACUUUGUGCUAUGAUUGUAUGUUUUAUGUUUCUGCCCUACAAAAAAGAAAUAAUAAUGCAGCUAUACAAAAAUACGCCAGGUUACCACCAACACUUCACAUAUAGGAAAUUAAGAGAAAUAAUAGGGGAAUAAAUUAUUUAUAAUAUAUAAGAAACUGACAAAUACUUUGCAUUGAGUAACAGAUGUCAGUGUUUUGGAACAGGGUUUUUAAACUGCUUCAGGAUUCUUUGAAACCUCUUUAUUGAUUUCUCAGUAUAAUGACAGCUAAGCUUUAGCUUGACUACUAAAAUCUGUAGUUUUGUGUUUUCUGAGACAAAUCUCUAACUCAUUGUUUCUUAACCUUGGCAACUUUAAGAUGUGUGGACUUCAACUCCCAGAAUUCCCCAACCAGCAUGUUUGCCAAGAGCCCGUUUGGUCUAGUGGUUAAGGCACUAGUCUAGAAACUAGGAGAUGUGAGUUCUAGUCCCACCUUAGGCAUGAAAGCUGCCUGGGUGAUCUUGGGCCAGUCACUCUCAGCCCAACCCACCUCACAGGUUGUUGUUGCUGGGAAAAUAGGAGGAGGAAGGAAUAUUAGGUGUGUUCCCUGCCUUGAGUUAUUUAUAAAAAUAAUAAAGGCAGGAUAAAAAAAAUCUAAAAAAAAAUUGAAGUCCACACAUCUUAAAGUUGACAAGGUUGAGAAACACUUCUCUAAUUGAUACUGGGAGACUACCUGGGGUGUGGAGUAAAAUGAAUUGGGUCUUGUGUGAACUGAAUGGAUGUCAUAGAAGGCCCAGCACUGAAGGAUUCCAUAGUUGUGGUUCAAACUGAUGGAAGAAAAGUUUCCGUAAAGCAGUAGGUUUCAAAACAAACUAUUUAGAAAGUUACAUAAUCAGAAGAUUAUACCCGGAAAGUGAACAGAACAAAGGUGAGCAAGUUUUAAGAUUUUUUUUUUAAUUUGUAGAAUGCAGAAUAUCUCAGAAACCAAAGUAUGUACUCUUCUUUUACAGGGCAUGAAUAUUUUGUAAGUGAAUGUAAUUUUCAUGCUGGAAUUCACAAUGAUGCAGUUGUUAUAACUUAUUUACAAAAUUAGGAGAAUCUUGUAUAGUAUUGGUAUUGAGAAGGAAUAUGUACAGUAUUGCUGCAUCAAUAAAAAUCACAACCUGUGAAAAAAAUUAAAAUUAUGAUCCCUCAGGCAGAUACUCAGGCACAAUUAUGUAGCUCUUGUGUUAUCUGUUAUAUAAUUUCAACGCUGAUGUUUCUAAGUAAGGAUCACCGUUGCUUCUUUAUGUCCUUGAAUAGCAUUGUGCCUUAAUCAUUUAAAUGUAUAAAAGUAAUAUUUCAUUUAUUAGACUUGAAAGUGUACACAUUAGGCAGGCUUUAUAUUUUAAAACGCGCUUAAAUAUAAGUACAAGGUUACAGAACAAUGAACUGUAGUUAUAUUCUGUGCAUAUUUAAUUGGGAGUUAAUCCCAUGAACUCAGUGGAGUUUGUUUCCAAAUAACUUUGCUAUUUAUGCUUGGGAAUUUUGACAUACUAUUAAAGUAAAGCUUAUUUGACAGUAAAUUCAAUUGAAUACGAUGAAACUAACUUUUAAGGAAACAUGCACAAGAUCAGCAAUAUUUAUCAUGGUUCCCAGGUCUAAUAAACAGACAAAGGUCAAAGUAGUAAUUCCAUGAAAUUGGAAACCUUCUUAAAAAGAUUUAAGAAUCUGCAGAUAUAUUUAUGUUUCAGGGAACUACUAUUUCAACUUUUCACACAGAUACUGUGUUAUUUGGAAGGAAUUUGUAUCUCGAAACCAAACUCAUAUUUUGGCCUUUUGAAAAUACUGGGAUUAUUGACUAUUGUUGUAAGAUAUUUAGAAAUGUUUUUUGGCCAGUGUAGUGAAUUUGGUUUUUUAUUAAUAUUAUUUAAAGCAUCAAAAUCUUAAUUUUUUAAGAAAUUUGUUGCACAUUUCACUAUAUUAACAGUAUAACCCAAAUGAUUAUAAUAUAAACAAAGAUGAAUCUUAUUUCUGAAAUAAGUACAUAUAUCUGCAACAUGAAAGCUAAAACUAUUUCAUAGUAUGCUUUAUCACAGUACUGGAUUCAUACUUUCCUUUUUAUUCUGGUGAUAAGACAUUUCCUCUUUCCUGAAGCAGUAAAAGACAAUCGGGAGGGUAAUACAUUUUAUGUAUGCUGGGAACAUAAUAGAUUCCUAUUUGCAUCCUGGAGCAAAUAAAGGCUGAUUGCUUUCUUGAGGUAAUGAUCAGCAAGCAAAAACGCAGCUGCUUCUGGUAUGUGAUGCACGCAAAUGAUGGACUAGAAAAAACGACUAUGUUUGGCAAAGUUGAAGGGAGCAGAAGAUGAAGACAGUGGAUAGAAUGGACAAAUGGGAUGAAGGUGUUUGGAAGGUUACUCUUGGAAGACUACAGCAGUACUAGAGACAGGUCGAGAUGAUGAGCUUCUGUCCAUGUAGUUAUCAGGUGCUGAACUAACUAAAUCAGAGAACUGCACUUUUAGAAAUACCAGUCUCUCUCUCUCUCACACACACACACCCGUACAUACGUGAUGAUGUGAUGUAUAACCUCUUUUUUCCUGCAUAAAUGAGAAUAUUUUAUUGAUUGUAUUUCAAGUAUUUAUAAUGUAUCUGAAAAUCAGUUAUGCUGCGAACCCACUUCUUUAUAAAGAGGCUCAAAAAUUAAAAACUGACAAGAUUGCACUAGAAUUAUAUUGGUAUUUGUCUUAAAACAGCUACAUUUUGUUUUUACUUAAAUAAAUUAUAUCUGCCUUAGCUGUCA